GCGGGCGGCACCCACACAGUUAAAUAAACAGAGUUUGCAGCACCAUCAGUAUGUAAAGGCACGCUCGAAUCUCGGAUGAAUUACUUCCUAAUUUGGCACGGACUUGGUUAGUUUGAAAGAACGAUAUACUCCGUCGCUGACCGUUUGAGAUUCGUUUCAUUUGCAGUGCGCGUUUCUCCAACAAACACAGCCAUGACGCACGGCCAGGGCAUUUUGUUUUCCUUUUGCAUCGCCAGCCUUUUAACGCUCUCUGCAUGCACCUGGCAUUCUAAACAGCGCGAGAAAACGCUUCUGCUUUCCAGCUUUGCGUGGAAAAACUGCGGGGCACCUGAUGACCCUGCUGUCAUGAAGAGUUUAUCUAUACAGCCAGACCCCAUCAAGAUUCCAGGAAAGGUGGUGGCAAGCGCGUCUGGAAAGACAACAGUCCCCCUCGCCUCCCCCUUGUCUAUGAAUGUGUCCUUGGAGAAGGAAGUGGCUGGUUUCUGGGUCAAGAUCCCAUGCUUGGAGCAGCUGGGGAGUUGCCACUACCCAGACGGCUGUUCCCUGCUGGACAUGCUCAUCCCCCCUGGCCAGGAGUGCCCCGAGCCCCUGCACACCUACGGCAUACCCUGCCACUGCCCCUUCAAGGCUGGGGACUACUCGUUGCCCCAGUCUGAGAUCAAGCUGCCUGACAUUGAGCUGCCCUUCUGGCUGACCAAUGGCAACUACAGGGCCCAGGGGGUGGUGGCCAGCAAUGGGAAGGAGAUGGGCUGCCUGAAAGUGGCUCUCUCUGUCCACUCUGCCAAAUGAAUUUGAUGCCUAGAAGUCCCUGAACAGAUCCGAUGGUGUUCACUUGUUCACGUCAUAGUUUAUUGUGUUGGGAACAGAGCAGUGAGCACAGUGACGUACACAGAGUAUUCUGGUUUUAAGCGGAAUGUUGUCAGUAUUCGGUUUAAAAUUAUUUCCGGAAUAUUCCGUUUGCAUGGGUGGAACACCGGAAUGUUCUCGGGACACGGCCACAUUCGGAGUGAGUAGUGAGCAAACCGAAUAUUGUUGUCAUUCCAUUUAAAAUUGGAAUAUUCCUUGCAUGUAACUUCGCUUGAUGUAAUUUGCAUCCUACAUAAUAUGGCUAUGGAGUGAACUGGUGAAUAUUUUCAAACACAGGCCCCAAGUCUUGUGCUGGGACUGUGAAGGAGCCUUUAUUUUGCACACGGGACCAUGAUUCCUCUGCACAAUCAUGUCCGCCAUUUUCUUCACAGGUGCAUGGACAACCAAAUCUUUGUUUAUACAUGUGCUUUCAUACAUGUUUUUGUUUCUUUUUAUGAUGAUGCAAACUUUUGAGUAUCUCUUUCAGAGGAAAUCAACUUGUGAUCUUGUGGUUUGAUCAGAAAAAAAGUCAUUUCAUUUUAAAUCAUUCAAUUAUGUUUUACAUUAGAUAAGAUUAUGAUUUUAAACGGGAAGUUUAGGGGUUAGGGUAGACUUAGACUUAGUCUAUUGGGGUAGAUACAGUUGAAACAAGAAGUUUCCAUACACAAUACGAAAAUGUUUUUCUCACUCUUUGGUCCAGUUGACAAAAAAUAUUGUCUUUUUUAUACUGUGUAUGUAAACUUCUGGAUUUAACUGACUGUGGAGGAACUGGGAUCUGCUUGCCUAUGUGAUGAGGGAUACCUUGAUCACAAAUAUAGUGAUCAUUUCAAAUCGGCGAAGGUGUUUGAACCACUGUAAUUUUAUCUCUUUUUUUACAAAAACACAAUGCACUUACUUUUAUGGUUUUGUUUUUCCUUGCAUUUGCAUUCCUGUCAUUGUGCCUCUCAGUGUGUCAUAUUUUGUCGAUUCACACUUAAAUUUCAGUGCCUACUUUAAGUGAGCACCUCAGGGAUUUGGGAAGCUGCUGUAUGAAGCUCGGAAAUCAGUGUUUUUGUUCUCCCUUCUCCCUGAAGGGGCAUUGUUGAUGACGUGAAAUGACAAAUAAAGGUGAAAAUGAAUGUUAAAUGUG